GAAUUUUCGAACGAAAUAACCAUAUUGCAAGCGAGUUUGGAGACGUCGGCGGGAUCGUCUUUUUUUGAACCGAUUCAAAUGGGGUGCUUUAAGGAGGAGUUCUUUGAUGGAGGCACUGGAGCGAACAAUCCGGUGUCGCAACUACGGAACCACGCAGAACACUUGUGGGAACAUGGAUAGGGACUGGAACCAAUUGAUGGCAAAGUUUAAUGCUCAGUUAUCAAUCAGUACUGGUGUUCCUUCAUUGGAAGCAUUUGGAAGCAACAUGGCCAAGUGGGCCGGACGCUGAUCAAAAUUGCAACCGAGACAGAGGAGACUGUCCAGUCAUUCCUGGCAUUGAAACCAAACCUCGCCAACGCCAGAAGGCACUAUCGGUUCAAUGCCACCACCGGCCUGGAAGGAAUCGGGCUAGAAGAGUCGGAGAAGAUGAAUGAGAUCGCCGCAGCUACGCGACUAUAU